UGUCAAAAACGUCAGAAUUUUUUAAUUUAAAAAUAUAAUCUUCAAUAAUGAAUGGCGGAGUGCCAAUCAUGAUUGUGUUAUCGUGAAUUAUUACUUUUAGUUUACGCUUUAUGCGUAACGAUUUAUGUAAGAACUGUGAAUUAGCGAUCAAUAAAAUAAUAACUGUUAUCUACGAUUAUCCCGGGAUUUCCCAAUGUCAUCAAAGAUAACUGUCUAAAAUAUCGAAGUAUCCGUAACACAUGCUCAUUGGUUAAAGUUGAGCUUAAGAAAACAAAACAUCAGGAAAAAUGUUAUCUGAUGAAUCAAGCAGUGAUUCAGAAACAGGCCGCUUUAAAUGCCAAACAAACAAGCAAGAUGGUCACCAGAGAAGGGAUGAAACUAGGUCUACAAAUAGAACAAGAUCACCUGGCAGAAACAAGCACCCUGUUAAUAGAUAUGAAAAGGGUUUUGAUAGAAAAAAAGAUGAUAGAGAUAGAUUUCAAAGAGAUAGACACAGACAUGAAAGGUAUUCUCCUAUAAGGUCUAGGUAUCCUAGAGAUAGAAGUAGAGACAGAAGAUCUCAUGAGAGACAAAGAGAGAAGGAGAGGUCAAAGCAUAAAGAUUUUAGUCUAAAUAGAGAUCAAAGGAGAAGUUCAAGAUCCAGGUUGUCUAGAUCUCCUAUGCAUAACAGAAAUGUAAAAGAUGAGAUUAAGAAUAUCAUUGUUUCAGACAAAACUACUGAUAAGUAUGAUAGGAAACCCAGAGAUGAUAGUCCACCAUCUCCUAUUCACACUGUCAAGAGGUCUGAGGUUUAUAUACCUCAAGAGCAACCAAAAACCAGGAAGAGUGAAAGCCCUGUUGUUAUUGAUCAUGACAGUCCUGAUGAGGAAGUACAACUAGGAUCAUAUUAUAGCAUGAUACCAGCUGUUGUAAAGGAAAAAUCCGAAGAAUCCAGUGAAAUUGAUUCAUCUGAUGAUGAAAAGCUUCGUGCCAAGCUCUUAAAUUUAGAAAAAGAACUGCACAAAACCAAAAAGAAGAAACAUAAGAAAAAACACAAGAAGAGAAGUUCAAAGUCAAAAGAUAAAGUUUUGGAUGUAAUAUCGGUUGAAGUUACAAGUACAACUGAUAUACAAGAAGUGCAAAAUGAGCAUAAAACUCAGUCAACAGAAGUUUCGUCUACACAAAAAAAUCGUAAAGACAGCAGCGAGGAAGGAGAAAUAUUAAGUGAAGAGGAGGAGUUUGAUUCCAAUGACCUGAGACACAAGCUAAAAAGAUCAAAAACAGCACAAGAACAGCCUAAAUUAGAUGCUUGUGGUCCCGCACUGCCGCCACAUUUGCAGAAACGCUAUACUAAGAGUGCCUCUCCCGAUAAUGUUUCAAUUAAAUUAUCAGCUGAAAAGGUCAGAAAUAUAGGACCAACUAUACCAUCUGACAUGCGAAAAGUACUUGCUGAGCAAAGUCCAGAAUUGAUAAAAGAAAGUUCAGAUGAAGAUGGCAUCGGUCCGUUACCCGCUGGCGCUGAAGAAAAAUGGUCAGAGGCUCAUCAAAAACUGGAAGAAAGGGCAUAUGAAAUUAAGAUAAAGAAAUUGGAAGGGCAAAGCAUGAAAGGCAAGGAUGUGAAUCGGGAACAAUGGAUGCUUGAACUGCCGGAGGGAAAAACUAAGUUUUUAGGGCUUGAGGCUCGUGGAUUCAGAGCAAAAGCGGGACCGGAUAUGUCUGACAGAUCCAGCUGGACAGAUACUCCAGAAGAUAAAGCUCGAAAGGCAUCGGGUGUGGUUGAGGAAGAUCCUUCGGAAACUUUACAACGAGAAGCGAAGGAUCGUCAGGUGUCAAACAGAGAUGAAGAACAAGAACAAGCUGUGAGAAGACAUAAAAAGAAGCAUAAAAGAGAUGAGAGUUUGUUGGAAAUGCACCAAAAAAAACUGAAGAAGAAAAAGAAGAAGGAAAUAGAAGAUAAGAAAGAGCGUCGUCCAUUCAGCCGUGAUGUAGACCUGCAAGUGAACAAAUUUGAUGAGGCUCAAAAGAAAUCGAUCAUCAAGAAGGCACAGGACUUAAAUACGAGGUUUUCACGCGGCGAUGCUAAGUUUUUAUAACACUAUUAUAGUUAUUGAAAUAGUGUAUUGUCUGUUGAAUUGCGGCUGUCAAUGCCACUUAUUUUGAUGAUUUAAAGUUUAAGUUAUUGUAAAUGUGUUUUUUUUUAUAAAAGCUGACAAGUUCAAAAUGUCAAUGAGAGUAAUUGUCAAUGUCAAAAAAUGCAAUACUCAAUUAUUGUCAAUACUAUUACUGUUUUAGUAAAAAGCUUCAAAUACAAUUCGUGUCAACUCA